UUUUGAACUAAAUAUUAGAUUUACAAAAAGUAAGUCGUGUAACAAAAAAUAAAGCAAUUUCAUCAUGUAUAAAUCAAAAAGAAGUAAGAUUCAAAGUUAGAAAUGAAGAGACGCUAAUGUUAACACAAAAUAGGGAUUAAAAAAGCGGCGCGUUUCUACAACUUUGUUGAGUAGCGGUUCGUUAAAAAUUAAAAGUUAAACAAAAUCAAAAUCAUUUGUCACUUAAACUUGACUCUUUAUUGAUUUCUCUCAUCAAAAACCUUCAGAAUUGUUAAAUUCCAAUCAAUUCAAAAUAAUUCUAGUUCUUAAUAGUGUGGUUAUGUGGUUCUUUAAAGGUCGCAUUCAUAAACCCUAUUACAAACCGUAAAAAACAUUUGAAUGGUUUUACAGAUAUAGAAAUAAAACAAGAAGGAUAAAAAGGUCUGAAAUAAAUUUAAGAAGUAUCAAAUCUACAAAAGUAUUAUUUCAUAAAUUACAGUUGAUUAAAAAAGAGACAACAAACAAACAAAAUGCUUUUAUCAAUGUUCAAUGCAGUCCGUAACUCUCCAUUUAAAGCUCCUAUAGCAAAUUGUGAAGAAUCUGAAACCAAUCAAUUGAUCAAAACAAGAAAUAUUGAAGCGGCUACUGCUAAUCCUGGUGACACAUGUAAAUUUGGAUCGACUCGUUAUUUUGCAUUGUGCGGUGUUGGAGGCAGUUUAUCUUGUGGAACUACCCAUUUCUUCGUCGUUCCAUUAGAUUUGAUCAAAUGUCGACUUCAAGUCAACCCAGAUAAAUACAAGAAUUUGAUUAAUGGAUUUAAAGUGACUGUCACAGAGGAAGGAACUCGUGGAUUAGUGAAAGGAUGGGCGCCAACAACUUACGGCUACUCAACUCAGGGUUUUUUUAGGUUCGGUUUAUAUGAAGUCUUUAAAGUCUAUUAUGCGAAACUUUUGGGAGAGGAAAAAUCUUAUACGUGGCGUACUGGAGUAUAUUUGGCUGCUAGUGCUUCGGCUGAAUUCAUUGCUGAUAUUGCACUUGCUCCAUUUGAGGCUGCAAAAGUUAAGAUACAGACAACAGAAGGCUACGCAAAUACAAUGCGUGAAGUCAUACCAAAGAUGUAUGCUGAAGAAGGAGUUACAGCAUUUUACAAAGGUUUAGUUCCUUUAUGGAUGCGUCAAAUUCCAUACACAAUGAUGAAGUUUACAUGCUUUGAAAGAACUAUUGAAGCUCUUUACAAAUAUGUUAUUCCUAAACCUCGUGCAGAUUGCACAAAAGGCGAACAGCUUGUUGUUACAUUUGCUGCUGGUUACGUUGCUGGAAUCUGUUGUGCUAUUGUUUCACAUCCAGCUGAUGUCAUUGUUUCGAAAUUAAAUCAAGUUAAAGGAUCGUCAGCAUAUGAAAUUGCCAAGGAUCUUGGAUUUGGUGGAAUGUGGCAAGCACUAGGUCCCCGAAUUAUCAUGAUUGGUACACUGACUGCUUUUCAAUGGUUUAUUUAUGAUGGUGUUAAAGUAGCUUUACAAAUUCCGAGACAGCCACCUAUGGAAAUGCCAGCAUCACUUAAAGCCAAGCUUGGAGUUGAAUAAGCUGCAAAUAAAUGAAGUAUGCUCCAAUUCUCUUUUAAAAAAUGCAUUUUUAAUUUAUUGCAUUGAA